AGUCGUCGGUCGAGGCAGUCGCCUUAAGAUGGCGGCGGUGGCCAGGCUGGGGUCCUAGCGCCGCGAUGGGGCUGUUUUACUGCCCCCUUUGCCGCCUCACCGCCUUCACGGGUCGGCGUCACCUCUACAGCGGCAGCCACCAGCAGCGGCUGCGGGAGGCGCUCGGCCGGCUGCAGGCCAAGGUGCAGUUGGCUCGGAAGAUGAUUAAAAAUGCAGUGGUUGUGAAGUAUGAGGUAGGGGAGCAUGAACAACUCUUCUGGUGUCUCUGCUGCAAGCAGGAGGUGAAAAGGCACCUGAGCCAUGGGAGCCUGACAGUGCUGCAUGGGGGACUUCUGCAGCACAUGGCCAGCCUGGAGCAUAAAAAAGAAGCCAACAAGUUCUGGUGGGAGAACAAAGCAGACGCCAAAAUAAAGGAGCAGUUUCUGAUUUCCCCUGAGGACUAUGAACGGUUCAAAUCAUCACUUGUCAAAGCUCUGGAUGCUUAUGAAGAAAAAGAGGAUGAGGUCAUUAAAGAGAUGGCAUCCCAUAUCCGAGAAGUGGAGCAGAGCAGACAAGAAAUGCUACAUGCUGUCUUAGAGCCUCAAACAGGGAUAGAAUUUUGCGAUGAGUCAUCCGCCUUCAGUACACCUGGAGGGCAUAAAAGUGACAUCACCAUCAUCACAGAAGAGCAGCUUGGUCCAAGUGCCAUUCAGAUAACACCUGAUUUAGAGUGGAUGGAAGGAAACCAUGCUCUGACUUUUAUUGGCCACCAGGAAUCAGAAGGGAAGGGAAAUGUUCACACAGGCGCCAAACCUCCCUGGCUGAUGCAGGAUGAAGAGGAGUUUGGAAGUAAACAGCAGAUUGGACCUUCAUAUGAGGAAUUUCUCAAAGAAAAGGAGAAGCAGAAGCUGAAAAAGCUUCCAGCAGAUCGUGUUGGUGCCAACUUUGAUCACGCCUCUCAGACAGGUGAAGGCUGGCUUCCCUCCUUUGGACGGGUCUGGAAUCAGGGCAGGAGGUGGCAAUCCAGCAGGCUGCAUUCUCCAAGCUUUUCCAUUUUUUUAAGACAUCAGUUCAAAGCUGAAUCCGGCAAAGACAGAGACAGUCAAAGGAAGACCCGAAAGAGACCAAAAUCUGAGCUUCAAUGAAAGAGACGCACAUCCCUGUAUUUAAAUGUACAAAGUAUGUAACUUCUGACACCAUGUCAGUGCUGUUACAUUUUCCAGUGUAUAAUACCACUGUAUAGAAAACAAACUCUUGAACUAAUUUUACUUAUCUACCUUUUAUUAAAACUACUCCUAAGAGGGA